UUAUACCAUGUUAGAAAAAAUAGCUGUAGAUAAAUGAACAAUCAUAAGCAAUUUUCCUUUGCUUUCAUUAAAUGGUAUACAAAUAAAGAGAUGUGACAAGAUUGUAAUUGGAUAAUUGUCUACAAUUCACCUGGAUAUUCUUUAGUCUAAUAAAAUAUGGGAUCUGACCAAAGUACUCAGCUUCCAGCAGGAGCCCCAGGUAGUAACCUGAAGUCACAACGAGAUGAAGAAAUACCAUAUACAUCAUUUUCUAUUAGUAAACCUAUAGAUGGAGAUUCACCCAGACAGUCACCACGAAUACCAAACAAAAACAAACCAAAGGAAGAAAAAGAACAAAAAAAUCCAAAACAUGAUAUUAUUGUUGUCAAAGAUGGAAAUCAGUACGUCAAGGACCCUGAUCCAGAACUGACAAAAUUAAGCACGAUUCCAGUUUUCUAUCCAAUAAUGAGGGGUUCACUCAAUAUACCAGUAAGUUCUAGAGACGGAGAUUUGCUAGAUAAAAUGGACCACCAGAAGUUACUAGAUCUUUGUCUACGCUAUCAGGAACAUUUAAAACAUUUAUCAGAAGCAGUAGCAUUUGACCAGAAUGCUUUAUGUGUUAGGAUUAAAGAGAUUGACUGUGCAAUGCAAAUGCUUCACAAUUUGAUGCAAGAUAAACAGAAGAAAUAUCAUAAAUAUGCUGAACAGUUCCAACGAGUUUCAGAGACAGUGACUACUCUAAAUAAAAUCAAAAGUUCCAUGGACAAUAUCAUCCCUAAAAUGGAAAGUUUAAAUCAGUUACUACCCCCUGAUGAUAGACUGGAACCAUUUGAUUUUAAGUCUACCCAUGCUAGUCCCAAGUGACUGGUUAUUAUACUGGAUUAAUAUUUGUAUACUCUUCAAAGAGGUUGAUUAGUAUACUAUUGGUUGUUCUUUAAAA